AUGGUGGUGAGGGUCGGCGCCAAGUCCUUCGUGCACGCUCUCACGCUGAAGCAGCUCACUGCAGCCAUGGCCGGGGUGCCCAUCGACCACGGCGGCAACAACCCGCGAAACAAGCAGGUGCUCCAGAAGCGCUUCAUCGAAGUCCUGUGCGAGCUCGGCCCCAAGGUCGCCAUCGCCCACUCCGCCUUUCGUCGAGUCGCCCACUCACCCCCGCAUGAGUAUGCGCGUCGGUUCGUGCGCAGCGUGGACGUGAUGGCAAUGCUGUGCCGCGAGAGCCAGACCGAUGAGGCCUGCUUGGAUGAAGUGCUCACCCUAGCUUGCACGGAUCUGGAGAUGGACGACGGCGGAUACGCCACUGCGGCUGAACUGGAGGCGCACAAGCUCGAGGAGCUGCAAGCGCUGCUCGAGGAGAGCUUGCAUCGGGUCGGAGUGCAGAACUACCUGAUGGGCUUCGGCUCGCCGCUCCUGCGCCGCGUGUGCCGCAACCUGGGCAUCGAACCGCAGCACAAGGAAAGCAGGGCUGCCGUACUCAUCGGCCUCAUCAUGGCGCGCCUCGAGGCCAUCCGGCUCGGUGGCGAGCAGUACACCGCGGGUGGCACUGCGAGCGAUCACCAACGCGACAGGAGGUCGCCCCUUAAGGCCAAGCCGAAGGGAAAGCAGGCGAGUGCGAAGAAGAAAGACAAAGUAGUCGUGCUAGAUGAGGAGAGUGUCGAGGAGGAGGAGGACGAGGACGACGAAGUGGUCGAGGUCAGAGCCAAGAAGCGACGGACUCCGGGCGGCGCGAAAGAGAAAGGAGGGAAGCGACGCACGAUAGAGGAUAGGGAGAGGCCGGCAAAGAAGAAGGGCAAGAAAAAGGCUGAGAAGAGGAAAAGCAAGAGUGAGGGUGAGGGAGAAGAUGAAGAUGGGAGUUGGAAUGACGAAGAAGAAGAAGAAGAGGAGGAAGCCGACGAAGAAAGAGAGACGCCCACGAAAAAGAAGUCGGCGAGGCUCAGCCGAACCCCUCGAACGAGAAAGCGAAAGUCGUGCAAGGACGAAGCAGAUGACAGCGACGACAACGAGGAGGAGGAGGAAGAGAUCGAAAAGAGAAAGAAGCAACACGCCAGAAAGAAGACACGACGCGACUCGCGCCCCGCCAAGCACCAUGCGAGCAAUCAGCAAGGCGCAGAGGAGGAGGACGAAGACAUAGAGGAAUUCAAGACGCCUCCGAGACGUACCGGGAGCGAGAAGGCCACGCGUACGACAGCGAGGAUUGCGCACAAUGACGGCGGCGAUGCCAAGCGUGGCCCAGGAGACGAAGACGACGGUGCGCGAUGCGCAGCGAAGCAACCUAGUGAAGCUGAGGAAAUGGCUCCGGCCGCCAAGGGUGAGAGUGCCAAGGUCACAGAAGACAACGACAAUGGCGACGAUGGUGGUGAUGAAGAUGACGAUGGGGGAUCGACGCAGAGGUUCUUCCAGAAGCUGCAACGCGGUGCGUCAAAGAUGCUGGCGAGCCCCAUGCCACCCGAGUCGAGGCGAGCGAGCGAGCGAAGCCCCUCGCCCAGCAGCAGCAGCAGCAGCAGCGAAGAAAGCGACGACAGCAAGAGCGCCUCUGGACAUCAGCGACGGGGCGAGCUGGAGCCGACAACUCCGGAGCGCAGCCCAGCGGUGUACCUCGUCGGCCGUGGCGACGAACAAUCAUCAUCAACGACGAGGCCGGUGCACCGAUCGCCAGGCGGCGAGACCAGGCUGAGUGACCGAGGGACUUCGACGAAUGCAGCAACGCACGAUGCAACGUGCAAGGUCCUCGACGAAGCGUAUGCGGGAGACGACCCGUUGCUUGAACCAUGCAAGAAGGAUGCCGACGAAGACAAAGAUGAGGACUGCGAUAGCGAGGAUUUCGAGGAGAAGGAGUGGUAG